AUGGGCUCCCCCGAGAGCGAGCAGGUGGACUUCGACGAAGCGUCCCGGCUCCGCUCGCUCUUCCUGGCCUGCGACGUGAAGGGCUCCGGCCGCAUCGAGCGCGACGACUUCGGCUCGCUGUGCGCCGAGUUGCGGGUGCGGCCGGCCGAGGCCGAGGCGAUCUUCCAGCGACUGGACACCAACCGCGACGGCGCCAUCACCUUCCACGAGUUCGCCCGCGCCUUCCGCGGCGCCAGUCAGCGGCGCAGGCGGCAGCAGCAGCAGCAGCAGCAACAGCGGCGGUGGGGUAACCGCGGGGAAUCUUCGGAGGGGGAAGAGGAGGCGGACAUGAUGGGGGACCCCCUCGACGCCUUGGCUGAGGCGGCGGCGGCGGCGAUAGCACCGAGUCAGGCUUGGCGGGAAUUUGAGCUCCAGCUCGGGGAGGAGGCAGGCUACAUCCCCAGGCAAGAACAGGUCAGCGUUCUGUAUCAGAACAUCAAUAUAGUGGAACCACGAUUAAUUCAACCUUAUGAACAUGUUAUUAAGAACUUUAUUCGAGAGAUCAAGCUUCAGAGUACAGAAAUGGAAAAUUUAGCUAUAGCUGUAAAAAGAGCACAAGAUAAAGCAGCAAUGCAGCUUGGUGAACUAGAAGAGGAGAUGGACCAGCGGAUACAGGCUGCAGAGCAUAAAAUCAAGAAGGAGGAGAAGCGGAAAGCAGAAGAAGCUCUGAAUGAUCUCAAGCGCCAGUAUGAAACUGAAGUUGGUGAUCUCCAGGUGACGAUAAAAAAACUCAAAAUGCUCGAAGAACAAUCUAGAAACAUUAAUCACAAAGAAGAUUUGGCAGCACUAAAGACCAGGAUCCAUGAUCUGACCUUGGAAAACCAGAAACUUAAAAAAGAUCUUAUGGAAGCACAGACAAAUAUAGCUUAUCUUCAGAGCGAAUUAGAUACCUUGAAAAGUGAUAUUGCAGAUCAGAGUCUGAAUUCAGAAAGAGACCUAGACAUGAUCAGAGAGUACACUGAAGACAGAGAUAGUCUGGAAAGGCAGAUAGAGAUACUACAGUCGGCUAACAGGAAACUUCAUGACAGCAACGAUGGCUUAAGAAGUUCAUUAGAAAAUAGCUGGAGCAUAUACAACAGAUCACUGCGCCUAACAAACAUUUCCCCAGGGAACACACUCUCCAGAAGCAGUCCCAAAUGCAGCGGUGGCCAGUCGCCCCAAAACCCACGCUAUGACAGGUCAUCUCAUUCAUCAUACGUUGAUGAAGACUACGAUUCUCUGGCACUUUGUGAUCCAAUGCGGAGGAUAAACUGUGAGGUGGACAGCCUGCCUGAAAGCUGCUUUGACAGUGGCUUGUCUACCCUGAGAGACUCGAAUGAAUAUGAUUCGGAAGUGGAAUCCAAGCAUCAAAGGAUUUCUCAGAGGUCACGGUGUCCACAGGAAAGCCUGACAGGCGAUGCUUCUGAUACAGACGUGCCAGAUAUCCGAGAUGAAGAGGUCUAUAGUCCUGACGAAGUCAGUACGGUUUUGGAUUGGAAACCUGCCCAGCCAAUCAGUCGAAGUAGUUCUGCAGCAUCCACCAGGAAAUGUAUCCCUGUCAUCUCUCCACAGUCGGACUCCAUAGACUGCAACUCCAGGUACCCGAGUUCAGAGAAGGCUUACAAGAUAGUUCUUGCUGGGGAUGCAGCGGUUGGAAAAUCUAGCUUCCUUAUGAGACUUUGCAAAAACGAAUUUCGAGGGAAUACCAGCGCAACUCUAGGGGUUGAUUUUCAAAUGAAGAGGCUCAUUGUUGAUGGGGAACCGACAGUGCUACAACUAUGGGACACAGCAGGACAAGAGAGGUUUCGAAGUAUUGCUAAAUCAUACUUCAGAAGAGCAGAUGGGGUGCUUCUGCUGUAUGACGUUACCUGCGAGAAGAGUUUCCUCAACGUCCGAGAAUGGGUGGAUAUGAUUGCGGAUGCAACGCACGAAAACAUCCCAAUCAUGAUGGUGGGGAACAAAGCAGAUCUUCGCCAAGCGGUUUCUGAGCAAGGACAGAAAUGUGUACCCAUAAGCUACGGAGAAAAGCUGGCCAUGGCUUACAGUGCAUUAUUCUGUGAAACAAGUGCUAAAGACGGCUCUAACAUUGUGGAGGCGGUACUUCACCUUGCUCGAGAAGUGCGAAAAAGAGGUGACCGCAAAGACGACGACAAGUCAGUAACUAACCUGGCUGGGACAACACUAAAACGGUCAUCGCUCACCAAAAAUUGCUGCAGUGUUUAG